AUGCCGGAGGAGUUGGGGAAGGAACCCUUCCCCAACUAUCAGGCGGGCGGUGGGCGCUUUUUGGUGGAGGGGAAGCCAGUAGAGUUCCUGGUAGAUACAGGGGCUCAGUACUCCAUCCUCAAUAAGAAGGAGGGAAAGAUUUCUUCAAAAACUAACCUGGUCCAGGGGGCAACAGGGGCGAAGCAGUAUCAUUGGACAACACAGCGACAAGUGAACCUGGGAACUAAACAAGUGUCCCAUUCAUUCUUGAUUGUACCUGACUGUCCUGGACCACUGUUAGGAAGAGAUUUAUUAUCCAAACCCCAAGCCCAUAUAUUCUUUCACAAAAACAGUGUCCAGGUUACUGAUGGGGAAGGCUCCCCUCUACAGGUCCUGAUGGUCGCCUUACAUGAUGAAUACCACUUGUAUAAAGGUGUAGAAGACCAACGUGCAGGCUUAAUGGAUAUGGCUCCAUGGCUGGAAGAGUUUCCCCAAGCCUGGGCAGAAACUGGAGGAAUUGGAUUGGCGAAACACUGACCACCCGUUAUUGUGGACUUAAAAUCCUCUGCCAUACCGGUAAGAGUCCGACAGUAUCCCACGCCCAGGGAAGCCCGGAAAGGCAUACAACCCCAUAUCCAGCGGCUGUUAUGGGAAGGGGUACUAAAGAGGUGCCGGUCUGCAUGGAAUACACCCCUCCUACCAAUAAAGAAACCAGGGGGGGAAUACCGACUGGUGCAGGAUCUGAGGGAGGUAAAUCACCAAGUUGAAGACAUACAUCCCACAGUCCCUAACCCUUACAUGCUGCUCAGUAAUCUUCCUCCAGAUCAUGUGUGGUAUACUACCCUGGACUUGAAGGAUGCCUUCUUUAGCCUGCCCCUAGCCCUGCAGAGUCAAGACAUUUUUACCUUUGAAUGGUUUGAUGAAACGGAUAAAGUCCUCAGCCAGCUGACCCGGACAAGGUUGGUCUAAGGGUUCAAGAACUCACCCACUUUGUUUAACAAGGCCUUGAGUGACAACUUACGUGAGUACCGGGGUCAAAACUCGCAAGUAACUUUACUACAAUAUGUGGAUGACUUGUUAAUAGCAGCCCCCGAUCGGGCAGGGUGCCUUGAAGCAACCAGGAAACUGCUCACCACUCUGGGAGAGCUGGGGUUUCGAGCUAGUUCCAAGAAAGCUCAGAUAGCUAAGCCAGAAGUCACAUACUUGGGGUACAAGUUGAGAGCUGGGCAGAGGUGGCUCACUGAAGCCAUGAAACAGACUAUCCUACAGAUUCCCUGACCCACAAACCCGAGGCAGAUAACAGAAUUUUUAGGAACAGUAGGUUAUUGCCGGCUGUGGAUUUUAGAUUUUGCCACAAAAGCAAAGUCACUCUAUGAGUUCAGUAGAGAAGAGUCGGAGUGGGACUGGACUCCAGAGAGGGACUCAGCUUUUAAAGAACUUAAGGAAGCACUCCUUAAAGCCCCAGCAUUGACAUUACCUGACCCCACUAAACCAUUUCAUCUGUUUGUUGAUGAGAAAAAAGGAAUAGCCAAGGGGGUCCUAAUACAACAACAGGGGCCAUGGAAGAGGCCAGUAGCAUACCUCUCAAAGAAAUUGGAUCUAGUAGCAGCAGGAUGGCCCCCUUGCUUGAGAAUUAUUGCUGCCACCGCUCUGCUAGUUAAAGAUGCAGAUAAGUUAACCCAUGGACAGACUUUGAAAGUAACCACUCCCCAUGCCAUUGAAGGAGUGCUCAAACAGCCUCUGGGGAAAUGGAUAACCAACGCCAGAUUAACUCAUUAUAAGAGUCUAUUACUUGACACUCCAAGGGUACAAUUCUUAGCACCAAUAGUUUUAAACCCCACCACCCUGCUACCUAACCCUGACCUAGAUAAACCUGUGCACGACUGCUCAGAAAUACUCGCAGAGGUAAAUACGGUCAGAAAGGACUUGUGAGGCUGCCCGUUGGAAAACAGUGACUUCAUCUGUUUCAUGGAUGGAAGCAGUUUCGUACAGGAUGGACUAAGGUAUGCAGGGGCCAUGGUGGUAGAUAACCGGGAGGAGAUUAUUUGGGCCGACGCUUUACCGCCAGGAACUUCCACUCAGAAAGCUGAACUUAUCGCCCUGGCGGAGGCAUUGGAAAGGGCGGAGGGAAAGAGGCUAACGGUCUAUACUGACAGUCGUUACGCAUAUGCAACUCUUCAUAUACAUGGCGUCAUCUACCGGGAGCGUGGGUUCAAAAACACAGAAGGAAGAGAAAUGAAGAACCAGACAGAAAUCCUUCGCUUGUUAUCAGCUGUGACCCGGCCGUGAAUGGUAGCGGUGGUUCACACCCCGGGACAUCAGAGGGGACACUCCCCUGAAGCAAGAGGCAACCGAGCAGCGGACCAGACAGCUAAGAGAGCUGCCCUCCAAAUGGUACGAACUUUAGUAACUAACCUACUGUGCCCGCAACUGGAACCCCUGCCCCCUACUCCCAAUUACUCUGAAAAAGACAUACAGAGGGCUGAGAAAUCACCACAGAUAGAAAAAGAUCAGAUUGGAUGGUAUAUGGACUUGGAGAGAAAACUUAUUCUCCCAGAAGAAUUGGGGAGGCAUCUUCUCACACACCUCCACCAAGUGACUCACUUAGGGGAAUGGAAAAUGUUGGCAUUACUGGACAAAGGGCAGGUCCGUAUGCACCAUCAGAAGCAAGCGGCUCAGAGUGUGGUAGACCGGUGCUGGGCCUGUCAGGUCAUGAAAAUAGGGAAGAGGAAGAACACACACACAGGGAAACUGAGAUACAAAGAUAUAAUUAAUGACAACAUCAAAAUGAAAGGGAAGAUGAUUGGUGUAGAUAUAGAACUUUCACAUGUUAAGGACAAGUUGGUGGUUUCAAGAUAUAACAAUUUGUUUUAA